AGACCAUAAAAUAGCUGGCGAGCAAUUUCACAACGUCAGUACAGGUUCGACGCAUUACCUAGACAGUUUCUUCCGUAAACAUGAUACCGCCCAAGGGAAACCCGAAUCCAGAAAUCAAAUACACGAAGAUUUUCAUCGACAAUGAAUUCGUGGACGCAGAAAGUGGAAAGACGUUCGCGACCGUCAAUCCAAGCACCGAAAAGCCAAUUGCCCAAAUAGCCGAAGGUGACAAGGCUGACAUAGACAAGGCAGUAGCAUCGGCAAAGAAGGCUUUCGCAAGAGGAUCUGCGUGGAGAUCGCUGGAUGCUUCUGCCCGUGCAGCGCUAAUUAACAAGCUGGCCGAUCUUUUUGAAGAAAGUGUCAACGAAUUAGCGAGCUUGGAGUCAUUGGAUAACGGUAUGCCGUUUCUUAUGGCGUACGGAAUCACCAUUAAGGCUGCCCAAAACUUGCGCUACUAUGCUGGCUGGGCUGACAAAAUUCAGGGCUCUACAAUUCCCGCUGAUGGUAAUUCGUUCGCGUUGACGAGAAAGGAGCCCGUCGGAGUCGUUGCUCUGGUUACUCCCUGGAACGUCCCGAUCGCAAUGUAUGGAUUCAAACUCGGGCCCGCAUUGGCAACGGGUUGCACAGUGGUAAUAAAACCAGCGGAAUUGACACCUCUAUCUGCACUUUUCAUGGCAAGCCUUAUCAAAGCAGCCGGCUUUCCUCCAGGGGUUGUCAACGUUGUGCCAGGUUAUGGUGCAGCGGCCGGAGGUGCACUCAGCCUGCAUCCCGAUGUUGCAAAGAUUUCCUUCACUGGUUCUUCACUGGUGGGACACACCAUUCUGAAAGCUGCAGGCGAGAGUAAUCUCAAACGUGUUACACUCGAAUUGGGAGGAAAAAGCCCAUUUGUUGUUUUCGACGACGCUGACAUCGAUGCAGCUGUUCAAGAAGCUGCCGUUAUAUUCUCACAUGGGGGUCAAAUGUGCACCUCGCCAUCGCGUGUUUUCGUCCAGGCUGGAAUUUACGACAAGUUUGUGAAAAAAGCCGUCGCGGUGGCCUCCCAAAUGAAAGUUGGAGACGCCUUUACCCCGGGAUGUUGGCAGGCCCCCCAGAUCGAAUUACGGGCCGUUGAGAAGAUCAUAGGACUGAUCGAAUCGGGGAAGAAAGAAGGGGCAAAAUUACAACUUGGUGGAAAACGCCGAAAAACAAACGGUUAUUUCAUCGAGCCCACCGUGUUCUCGGACGUGACCGACGACAUGCGAAUCGCCAAGGAAGAAAUCUUUGGACCGGUACAGUCGAUCCUGAAGUUUAAGACGUUCGAAGAAGUUGUCAGGAGAUCGAAUAACACUGAGUACGGGUUAUCAGCUGGUGUCUUCACCAAAAACAUUGAGACUGCCCUCGAAUACGCCAAAGCCGUGGAAGCCGGUAGUGUAUGGGUGAACCAGUACAAUGCAAUGUCUGCACAAACACCUUUUGGUGGUUUCAAACAGUCCGGCAUAGGACGCGAAUUGGGGAAGGAAGGGUUGGAUGCCUACCUCGAAACCAAAACCAUUUCGAUUAAAUUGCCAACAAACCAUUGACCUAACUCCAAGCUACUUAUCAGGAGUGACAAAUUUUGGCUCCGCGGCUACUGAAAGCGAACAUCAAACAAAACAAUCAAAUUACAAAAAUAUUGUUAUGUAACUGUGUAAAAUACACGCGUAUUACUCUCCUAAGAUUGAGUUGUUGAUCUAUGUUGGAUUGUUUUACCGAAGAAGCGAAUAGAGGGCAAAUAAAACUGGUAGAAUGGUAA